AAGCUAGUAGGCUAACCCAGCUAGCUCUACAACGGUAACGAUAUCUGACUAAGAAAGCUUCAUAUGAGCCAUUUAUCUGAUUGUCUUUUAUUGAAUCGUGAUUGCUUCCGAGCGUGGAAAUAAAAAUAUAAUAUUGCUGGCUUCCUCGCCAUCAGCAAAGGAAACUUGACAUAAUCUCGAUUUGUUGUUAAAUAUCCCAGCUUUGAUGAGAUCACCAUGCACCACCUCAAGAUCAAGACGGAGAGACCUGAUCAAGAGGGGAGUGUUGCUCGCAGUCGCUUGGAUGCCGUCUUGCAGGUUCUGGUUGAAAAGAAUGACACUGAGAGUGAGCAGAACGAAGACGAUGCUGGGAAGAUGACAGCAGACUCUCUCAACAAGGACUUGUCUCCUUUGUCUGCUGGAAAACGAUCAUCGUCUCGGUUCCCUCAGCAUCGACGGAAGAAGAGAAAGGAAAUGGAGGAUGGCCUACCAGAGAGCAAUCAGCUCAAACAGAACACGUACGUCAUCAAGCUGUUUGACCGCAGCGUGGACCUGGCCCAGUUCAACACCAGCAGCCCGCUCUACCCCAUCUGCCGCGCCUGGAUGAGGAACAACCCCGCCGCCCCUGAGCAGCCGGCGUCCCCGGGCCCCCCGGAGCCCCCCGGGGGGGGGGAGGAGAUAACCGACAUGCUGAACGGGAAGCCCCAGGGUGUGUACAGCCUCCCUCCGCCCACCCCCUGCCCCGUCAGCCUGUCGGGACAACCCCUGAACCUCAGGGUCCCGGCCACGGAGAAGCCCACCGUAUCCAAGCUGGCUGUGGAUCAGUUUCCUGUUCCCGGCGCCCUCCUUUGUGACCACAUGGAACGAUGGAAAAAGAUACGACAAAAGUGGAAGGAAUCCUCCAACCGAAACCAGAUGAGAUACAGCGAGAGCAUCAAGAUCCUCAAGGAGAUGAAGGAGAUGUACGAUCAAUGAGUGUGAUUGUACAUCUCAACCACUAGGGGGCGACAACAGACGGAGACGGAGUAAUGGGAUAUUAGUCCACCAUGAAUCACAGCCACAAGGCAGCUGCCGUGGCUUCUAGAAGAUUUACAAGUAUAUUUCGAGCCUUCAGCCUUAAAGAGCUGAUAUUGGAUUUGGCCCUUGGGAGAAAUGGGUGUUCCCAUUGAGCUGAGAUUGUUUUGCUGUAUAAGAUAUAUUGGAUAGUAUGUGCUGUGGUAAGUGACCAAGUAGAUCCAACUAAUUUCAAUAUAUUUCCCCAGAAACAUUGAUGAUCACCCCUGCUACAUCCAGGUGCUAAACCACUCCCAUGAGAAAAUAACUAUCAUGGGCUUGAUAUACAAACAACAUGCAAACUAGCAAUGGGGACUAAUGCCGAGGUCAUGUGAGAUUCAAGGAAUAGCAUGUUUUAGUGGUGCUCGUUAACGUAUAUUUAAACUGAAAAACGACGUAUGGGCUGCUGCUCGAUGCUUUUUGUAUUUUUACAUGAAUUAAAAAUAAAUGUUUACAAAUAU